CAAAAUUCAGUCUUACCAAAGCAACGCGUGCGAUAACAACGAGACAAGCGACAAACGGCUCUUCUAUUCUCUUUCGCCAAACACUAGACCGCAAUCAAAACUUCAAAAUCCCUAAACUUAACUACUAUUUCUUAAACGUUCUCUUCCUCUUCUACGCCUCGCCAUCGUUCGUAAAUUAAAACUAAGCUAUUGCUACACAAAACAAAAACAACAAGAAGCAUAAUAAACACCCCAACAUCGGUCGUAUAUGGUGUGUGGUGCGUGUGUGUGUCCUCUCCCCAUAAAACGGAUCUCUUUCUUCACUCAAUCGUUGUCUUCAAUGAACCAACAUAAAUGUGAACUCUCUGCGACUACCCACCAUUUCGUGUUAUCUCACCACACUACAACCCGCCGCCCUUAAUGUGUGUGCGUGAGUGAGGGUAUUUGUGCAAACAUUUCGUAUGUUUACAUUAAAACAAGAAACAAUUUAAAAAAGUUAAAAGUUACUGUUAACAAGAAGUUAAAAACAAAAAUAAAGAAAAAGAAGUGGCCCUGAUUUACAAAGUUCUGAACUACCCCACAUCCACUUCCAAAAACCCAGUAUUGCCACACCAUACUCUCUAAAGACUUAUACUUCCAACUAUUCGAAAAAUCACACAAAAGCUUCAUUUCUGUAAGAGUGGUCUUGGUCACUUCGUCAAAUAGCGUCCAGACAGUAAAAUUGAAAAAAAAAAAACAAACAACAACAUCUGAGAAAAACACUCAGAGAGUCCACCAUAACAACAACCACCACCAGCGCCACACAAAAAGCAGUCAGUCAUGGAUCAUAAAUCAAUUGCCAGCCAAGUGCGGGAUUUACGCACAGCUUUUGAUUUAUUAGACAGAAAUCGUGAUGGCCGUGUUACAGCAAAUGAACUACAAUUUAUGCUUAAAAAUUUAGGCAUUAAUGUGCGAGAUGAAAUCAUCAAUGAUCUGAUACGAGAGGCCAGUCAUUCGGGUAAUGGUUUAAUAAAUGAAGCGGAAUUCCUGCAAUGGGUGGGUCGCAUCCAAGCCCUGCGCGACGAACAACAUCAACAGUCACAGCAGCAACAGCAAGAGGAGAAUGCCAGCAAACCCGAUGAAUUGGAUGAUGUCACCGAGGAUUUAAUUGCAGCAUUUAGAGUAUUUGAUCGUGAUGGGAAUGGUUUUAUAACCCGUGAUGAAUUACAGACCGCCAUGGAAAUGAUUGGUGAACCGUUGACGGAAACACAACUGACACAGCUUUUGGCCAUAGCGGAUUUGGAUCAGGAUGGACGAAUCAAUUAUGAAGAAUUCACAAGACUAUUGCUCUAAAAAGUGGCGGCAAAUGUAUGAACCUCAUUUGAUACAACAAAUAUAAAACAACAACCUUUCUUCUUUAAAACAAAAAAAAAAACAAUACAACAACAAAUAAAUUUAUAAAUAAUAUAAUUAUACUCAAAUUUUUAACUUACAAAUAAAACAAAAACAGACAGAGGAAAAACAAAAGCAGCAACAAGCAAAUAAUGCAACAAAAAAUACAACAAUUUUUAUUAAAUUAACUAUGAAUACGAUAAACCAUCAAAACAAAAACAAUUAUAAUCAAAAUUUAUUUACAUUUAUAUAUGAAAUAUUUUGAAUUAAACAAAAAAACAAAAUUAUGGGAAUAUAAAGCUAGAAGACUCUUCUUUAAAAGAAGUCUUCUAUUUUUUCAAAAGCAAAACAAAAGUAACGGGAAAAAACAAAACUAAAAUUAUAAAAAAAUUUAAAAUUUUUGAAAAACCAAAAACACCACCUUAUUAAGGGCAAAUAUAUAAAAGAAAAAAACAAAACAAAAAUUUACUAUUGAAAUUACAAUAUUUCUAUAAAGAAAUUUAAAAUAUAUUUUUGUUAAGCUUAAUGUUAUUAUACUAUAUAUGAAAAACAAGGCAAAAAAAAACCAAAAUUCUUAACAAUAUGGCUAAGAAAAAGAGCAACAAAAAUUAGUUUAAGUUUUUAUUUUUACAUGCAUACUAUUAUUAUUACAAAACAAAAUAAAACAAAAGCGAAGAAAACCCAAACAAAGAUUUAUAAAAACUUAUAUAAAUGUUAAACAAAAAAAAAAUAAUUUACAUAAAUAUACUUAAUUUUUGUGUUGUUAAUUUUAAGUUUAUUUAUAAAAACAAAAAAGAUAACUCCUCAAAAGAAAAAAAAAUAUAUAUAUAUAUAUUUUUAAAACUAUUAAAAAUAUCAUGAAAUACCAAUAAACAAGAAAAUGUUUAUAAGAAAAGGCAAACAAACUAUAAUUUUAAUAAAUAAAAUAAUCAAAAAAAAAACACAAAAAAAUAUUGUUCGACUUUAGGCCAUCAGGAUUCACUGAAUUGGUGAAUCCUGUUAGGCCAUUAAGAAAAAGGGAGUAAAGAGGAGAAAACAGUGUGGUUUGAUAGUUUUAAUUAUACCCUCCACCAUAGGAUGGAGGUAUACUAAUUUCGUCAUUCUGUUUGUAACACCUCGAAAUAUGCGUCUAAGACCCCAUAAAGUAGUGUUCGCCAUGUCAUUUUAAGGCGAUCUAGCCAUGUCCGUCCGUCGAAAGAGUAAAGCUAGCCGCUAGAAAUUUUGAACAAAUACUUUUUAUUAGUGAAGGUCAGUUGGGAUUUUAAAUGGGCCAAUUGGAUCCACGUUUUAAUAUAGCUGCCAUUUAAACCGAUCUUGGGUCUUGACUUCUUGAGCCUCUAGAGGGCGCAAUUCUUAUCCGAUUGGAAUGAAAUUUUGCACGACGUGUUUUGGUAUCCAAUAACUACGCCAAGUAUGGUUCAAAUCGGUCCAUAACCGGAUAUAGCUGUCAUGUACACCGAUCUUGGGUCUUGACUUCUUGAGCCUCUAGAGGGCGCAAUUCUCGUCCGAUUUAACUGAAAUUUUGCACGUUGUGUUCUGGUAGUACUUCCAACAACUGCGCUUCGUAUGGUUUACAUCGGUCCAUGUUUUGAUAUAGCUGCCAUGUAAGCCGAUCUUGGGUCUUGACUUCUUGAGCCACUAGAUGGCGCAAUUCUCGUCCGAUUCAACUGAAAUUUAGCACAUAGUGUUUUGGUAGCACUUGCAACAACUACGCUAAGUGUGGUUUUAAUCGGUCCAUGAUUUGAUAUAGCUGACAUAAAAACCGAUCUUGGGUCUUGACUUCCUGAGCCUCUAGAGGGCGCAAUUCUCCCCUGAUUUAACUUAAAUUUUGCACGUGGCGUUUUGGUAUCACUUUCAACAACUGUGCUAAGUAUGAUUUAAAUCGGUUCAUAACCUGAUAUAGCUGCCAUAUAAACCGAUCUUGGAUCUUGAUUUCUUGAGCCAAUCGAGCGCGCAAUUCUCGUCCGAUUUGUCUGAAAUUUUGCACGAGGUGUUUUGUUAUGACUUCCAAUAACUGUGCUAAGUAUGGCGUAAAUCGGUAUAGAACCUGAUAUAGCUGACAUAUAAACCGAUCUGGGAUCUUGACUUUUUGAACCUCUAGAGGUCGCAAUUCUCAACCGAUUUGGCUGAAAUUUUGUACAAAGGCUUCUCUCAUGACCUUCAUACAUACAUACGUGUCUAAUAUGGUCUGAAUCGAUCAAUAGCUUCAUACAGCUCCCAUAUAAACCCAUCUCCCGAUUUUGCUUCUUGAGCCCCUACAAAGCGCAAUUCUUAUACGAAUGAACUGAAAUAUCGCACAAUGUCUUCUACAAUGUUCAGCAUUCAUUUAUGGUCCGAAUCGGACUACAACUUGUUAUAAAGCUCCAAUAACAAACCAGUUGUUAUUCUAUAUUCUAUGUUUGUCUAAAAAGAGAUACCGCGCAUAGAACUCGACAAAUGCGAUCAAUGGUGGAGGGUAUAUAAGAUUCGGCCCGGCCGAACUUAGCACGCUCUUACUUAUUGUCCAUAAGUAGGUUAAGUUCGAAGAUGGGCUAUAUCGGAGUAUAUCUUGAUAUAACUCUCAUAUAGACCGAUCCCCCCAUUAAGGGUCUUAGGCCCAUAAAAGCCACAUUUAUUAUCCGAUUUUGCCAAAAUUUGAGACAGUGAGUUAUGUAAGGCCACUCGAUAUCUUUCUUCAAUUUGCUCCAGAUCGGUCCAGAUUUGGAUUUAGCUGCCAUGUAGACCGAUCUAUCGUUUUAAGGUAUUAGGCCCAUAAAAGGUGCAUUUGUUGUCCGAUUUUGCCAAAAUAUGGGACAAAAUCCGUGUCGGAUAUUCUGUCUAAAUAAGACCAUAUUUCGAUAAAGCUGCUAUGGAUGCAUUUUUCACGGGAUUAUGACGAAUGGUGAUUUAUAUAUAUACCCGAGGUGGUGGAUAUCCAUAGUUCCGCCCAUUCGAACCUAACGCCUUUUUACUUGUCAAAUAUUAGAUAACGCAUUACGCCGCAAAUGUUAUUUUUUUAUCGGAAUUUUGGGACUUGUCUUUGAUUGCUUUUAGGGCCUUAAGCUCUGCAGAAACAUUUUCCUCAUUUUCGUGAUUGUGUUCCGAAUCAUUUUUUUGCUAAAUCACACUUGCCAUCGGGCAGCUAAUUCUGCCUGCUCUGCAAGAUUGCAAUCUGGACUCAUAUUUAAUCACAUAUUGAUAAGAAGACUUAUGUUGAAUGAUCAUUUUUCAAUCUAUGAUCUACGUUGAUAGAUCUAUCAAUUUUUGAUCUCUCAUUUUGAUAGAUCAUUUUGUUGAUCUAUCACGUACAAUAGCUGACUGUGACGCCUUUGACCAUUAAUAAAUUGACAAUAAAAUUGUUUGACUAGGUCCCCGCUAUUGACGAUUUGCUUGGUAUAACAAAAUGAAAAAAAUCCCCAAAAUCUAAGUUUGGGGAUUUGUUUCUUUUAUGAGAUUGGGGAAUUAUUUCAUUAUGAAAAUGAUUGGGAAAGAAGUCCCCCAAAAUCGUAAUUACUCCCCAAAAAUAUUGUAGUUGCUUUUUGUUUUCCAUAGAGCAUUUUGGGGACUUGUUUCAUUUUUGAUUUUGGGGGUUUAUUUCAUAGAGCCCUAUUAAAAAGGAAGUCCAUUAUCAUUGAGCUUUAUCUUGAACCGGACAGCACUCAUUGAUGUUUGUGGACGAAUUUGCCGUAUGUAUAUGUGAAUAUAGAUUCCAUGACGUAAGACCAAUAGAUGGAGUUUUCACUAGCGAAAUAACGAAGUAGGUAUUCUCCUUAUGAUUGCUUAUAAUAAUUUGUGUUUUUACAAGCGAUUACUUUUUAGUCGUGACAUAAUUACCAGGUAGUGUACCGUAAACACCUGAGUACAAUUUUUUCUCACGAAGUGCACUAUCUGUCAAAUAGUUUUGGUUGUGUGUGUGCAUUCUAGUUAAGAACCAUAACACACACAAACAACGAAAAAUUGCACGAACUAGUAACAUACUCAACAUCAGAGUUGCAUUAAUCACUAAUUUUGACAGAUAGUGUAUUGAAUAUUUUGUUGUUGGACAACUGCCACUACCUGGAAAUGAAUAUAUCUUGGCACACACAAACAACGAAUAAUACCGCGAACUAGUUACAUACACAAAAUCAGAGUUGCACUAAUCACUGAUUUUGACAAAAAGUGCACUCAAUAUUUUGUUGUUGGGCAACUGCCUGUAAAUGAAUAUAUCUUGCUUGCCAGCUUUAAAUUUGAAAGCCGUUUUUAUUUUAAAUGUGUUCCACACACUGGUUUAUGCCACCUUAAAUGUUGAUAAAUAACUUAUACCUCUCAUAAAACUCUUUAGAAAAUUCCAACAAUUGCGAACUGAUACGAAGCUUUUAAAAACAAGUGUCAAUUUGUGUUAAUCUCUUCUUUUCUCCCACAAUACAUUUUCUUGUGUGUGCAGCCUAAAAAGUAAAAAGUCGAACAAUAUUUUAAAAAAAAAUAUUUUUUUCGGAUAAGUCUGAAUGUGAGAGUGAUACUUGUGUUAAGGGUGCUGCAAUAAUAAUAGAAACUCAAACCGAAACCAAUCGAAUGUAUUCUUCAAAAAGCUCUAACUAAAAGACAGAAAAAGAGCAGACAGAACUAACCUUAAAUACACGAGAAUCCAUAAAGAAAGCAGAAUGCUAAACAAACUAAAAAAACUCUAACCAUAGUUCAAAAAAACAACAAUGAGAGAACAAACCAUUAUAAAACACAUUGUCACCAACAACAAACAAUAAUAAAAAGAUAUAUGGAACAUACCUACCACCACCACCACACCACCACAUACUUAAUAAAACUACAAUAUUUGUGUUAUACCCUA